AUGAAGGUUCUCAAUCGAGUAUGGGCAGUGACAGCCCUUGCUGUAUCUACAAUCGCUGCUCCAACCCCGAACCGGGGGUUGGUGUCGAGAGCCGUGUCGUCCGACGUGCUGCAGCAGCUUGAACUCUUCUCACAGUACUCGGCAGCAUCCUACUGCGCGAGCAACAUCGGCUCCACCGGCGACAAAUUAACCUGCGAGGCUGGAAACUGCGCCAUUGUGCAAGAAGCCGAAACGACCACGCUUCAUGAAUUUGAAGCCGAAAACGACGUCGGCGGCUUCCUCGCCGCAGACACAACUAACAACCUCCUUGUCCUGUCCUUCCGCGGCUCCCGCACAAUAGAAAAUUGGGUCGACAACAUACAAAUUAUCCGGGAGGAUGUCCCCGAUAUCUGCACUGACUGUGAGGUACAUGGCGGGUGGUGGCGCGCGUGGCAGGAGGUUGCGGAUGUGUUAACGGAGAAGGUUGAUGAUGCUGUGAGCCAGUAUCCGGAUCAUAAGUUGGUGUUUACGGGACAUAGUCUGGGUGGUGCGCUGGCGACGAUCGCAGCGACGGUGCUGAGGAAUGCUGGACACACUAUUGAAUUGUACACCUAUGGCUGCCCACGCGUCGGUAACGAAGCCCUGGCCGAGUAUAUAGAGGGCCAAGGCACCUUGUAUCGCGUCACGCAUACUAACGACAUUGUCCCCACUGUUCCAUGGCUAUACACCCAAUCAUUCCCAGAAUACUGGAUUACGAGCGGUGAUGAUGUGACGGUGACCGCGGCGGACAUUGAAGUUAUUCAGAAGUCGGAUUCGAAGGAUGGGGAUGAGGAGGCGGAGGGGGAGGGGCUGGGAAUUGCUGCUCAUUUGCAUUAUUUUGGGGAUAUUGCUGGUUGUAACUAA